CCAGGGAGGUGGACAACUCUGUCCUGCCCUCUGUGCCCGAUCACAAGAUCAACAAGGCGAAGCUGUUUUGCCUCCACCCCCACAUCAACCUGUCAGGCCUGAAAGGCAGCGUGAUUGAAGGGCAAGUCGGCAGAAGAGCUGGGGCAGGUAUCUUUUGCUGAAGAUUACAUAUUUUAAAACCACAACCAGAGGGGAAAAGUCCUUUCCUGAUUGAAUUUUUCAAACGCAGCUCUCCACCUCAGUUAUGGUCGCCAAUGUGGUUUCCAGCGUGAGCCGUAUCUCCAUACUGGGUCUGUGCUCUGUGCUCUUGCCUUGCAUGGGUCUGGCGAGCCGUAUCCUGCCCCCUGAGGACAACCCUCUGGCUAAAGAUGUACUGGACCCCUCUCUGCUGGAGCAGACCGAGGACAUGGACAUGCAGGAGUUUUUGGGAAACCUCCUCUCUGUGCUGAACCUCACAGAUCGGGGGUCCCCAUGGGCCCCUGGCCCCCCACGGCCCCCGGCCCCUCGCGUGGAGCCCCCAGAGUACAUGCUGGAGCUGUACAACCGCUUUGCAAACGACCACUCGGCCAGGCCCACAGGCAACACAGUGCGCAGUUUCAAGAAUGAAGACUCCUCCCCCGCUGUUGUGACACACAAGGAUGUGAGGACACACCCGCUCCUGUUCAACAUCUCCAUCCCCUUUCAUGAACGUGUCAUCAACGGCGAGCUUCGCCUCUACGCACUCAUGCCACGGGAUCGCCAGUGCCUCCCAAACGAGGACCGCAAGGUGACCAUAUUUGAGGUUCACGAGCGGGAGCGACAGUGGGAGAAUGGAGGAGGCGCUGACAAGAGAAGACACAAGAAGUUUCCAGCAAAGAGGGAGGAACUCGUCUCGAGGCACAUCAACAUCGAAGAGAGUGGGUGGGAGGUGUUUGAGUUGACGGAUGUGAUUCAGCGCUGGAAGGAAUCUGACCGCCCAACUCACUAUUUGGAAGUCCACGUUGAAAGUUUUCACUCUCAAGGUCAGGCGAAUCACUUCAAGGGCGAUGAUGAGUCAGAGGUCUCACAACUGGCUGAGCUGGACAUUGACAGAGACAUGACUGGGAAACACAACGCGGUGUUGAUCGUCUUCUCAGAUGAUCAGAGCAAGGACCACCAAGAGGAACAACAGGAGAUUGAUGAGAUGAUUGAGCACGAGUUUGAACUUCUGGGUGGGAAUGAGUUGUGGACAGACACAGAGGGUCCUCCAGAGGAGUUACAAGAUGAGACUCGGAUGCAGAUACGCUCCAACAUGAUCUACGACAGGGCGCCUCGACUGCGCCGCAACGCUGCAGACGAGUUCUGCAAGAAGACCCCGCUUUACGUCGAGUUCAAGGACAUCGGCUGGGAUAACUGGAUUGUAGCUCCAGAUGGUUACCAAGCCAACGCCUGCCGUGGCCUCUGCCAAAUUCCCCUCACAGGUGAUGUCUCGCCCACCAAGCACGCCGAGAUCCAGUCAAUGGUCAGCUUGAAAUUCCCCAAGAGGGUGUCCCCACCCUGCUGUGUUCCCACAAAACUGGACCCCAUCUCUCUCCUGUAUAAAGACCACAAAGGUGUGGUCACUCUCAAACACAAAUAUGAGGACAUGGUGGUGGCCGAGUGCGGCUGCAGAUAGUUAGGAAACGGCGCAGCAGCAUGUGGACACAACCAAGUUCAGACUGUUACAACUCUGUAAGCAACAUGAGAUGACAUGAGACCUGAAGUGCCCAGCUGAACUAUCAUACAAGGACCCACCACAAGAGUCGACACACAGCCUAUUUUGAUUGUUAACAUGGAACAUAAAAGCAAUUUGAUGAAUAGACAUUAGAGUUUCAGCAAUAUUGGUAGGUACUUCUGCAUAGUUGCCUUAUUCACACGUGGCUUCGUGGGCAUGAUACCACAUGCUCUGAGCACAGUUGCUGUGUGCAGAUGCUUGGAAGCAACAUGGAGCCUGCAUGGCAGGAAUGGACUUUACUAGCUUCUUAUUUGAUGUAUUUACAAUUUGUAAAUUAGUUGUAUUUUAUAUUAUAUGAAAUCAAAUGCUUUAUGAUGUAGACUGCAAUGCUGUCAAUAUUUUAUCAUUUCUUAAUAAAUGAAAAAAAAGUAA